GGAAGGAGCAGUGAGGGCAGAAGAGCGGAAGCCCAGAACUGCUGGGUUGAGAGUCCUUGAACUGGACCCUGGAGUAAAGGGUGGGCCUGGGUUCCCCUACCAGCCACUGAAGGAGUGGCACCUGAGCCAGUGAAUGGGAAGCCUGCCUAGGACUGCUGAAGGAAAGACUUUGAUAUACCCUGGAAGGGGGGAACACUGAGUGACCUGGCUGGAAGGUCCUAAAGAGGGCGUAGCGGUUCCUGGAAUGAAAGAGGGACUGCAGAUCAGAGAGAGACGGAGUGGCAGCAUGCAACAGCAGGAAUGAGCGUCGAUAUGAUGAGCUAAUCCCCAGAGCAGCCAGGAGGAGGCACCAGACUAGUGGUGAGUUGUGCGCCCCAUCACAGACACUCUUACUGACAACAGCCAGACCAUGGAUAAACAGGACAUUGCUUCCCCCGUGUGCAACCUCGUUCUGCUGCCCUUGCUUCUGGGUUUCUGAAGUACCCAGCCAAUAAUAAUCCAGCUCAGGAAUGUUAGUAGGCAUUGAACUGCUUGCUGACUUCCUGCUUGUUCUGUGGCUAAAUAAAAGGUUUUGUUUUCCACUGCUGUCAGUGUAGGACUUGCUGCUGCCGCUGCAAAACAUUAUAGUUUUCCUUCCACAAAUUAGUAAACUUCCCUUUGAGUUGAUGACUGUGAAUAUUCAGUAUCAGUUCCUUGCUGGGGGAAAACCAUACUGCAGAGGGUUGAACUGAUAUAAUGGAAUCAGUAGGAGGCACCAGAGAAACAUCUGUCACUAAAAAGGAAGCUUCAUGAUGAAACAUACCAGUUGGUCUGGUGGAACAAGAGGAGAUUUGGGCAUUGUGCCUUUUUACUUCGGAACUGGUGAUGAAAGAAUCAUUGAGCUUGUGCCCUGAACAAUAAGCAUCAUCAAGUGGAACAGAAUCUGAGUCUAUUAAAUGUACUCCAUAGCAUUCAGAUAAGCUAAUCUGUGCUGAACCAAAGCUUUUCUUGUGGAGUUAAUUGUACAGUGAGCUACAAAGAAGCAGUAACUGCUUAGGAUGAACUGCAGCAAUCUCACAGCAGCGCAAGAAACACUUAACCUUUUACAACUGAUUAUUUACAUCCCAAUUACCUUUUUUGGAGUUAUAUUUAAUAUCAUUGCCUUCUGGGUAUUCUGCUGCAAGCUGAAAAAAUGGACAGAAACCAGAGUUUACAUGAUCAACUUGGUCGUUGCAGACUGUUUUCUCCUCUUCACCUUGCCUUUCAUUGUGCAUUUUCACAGGACUAAACAUCCCAUAGAUAAACUGUGCGAUGUCAUACAGACUAUAUAUUUUACAAACAUGCCCGUAAGCAUUUAUAUCAUCACCCUUAUAGCCGUCGACCGAUUCAUUGCAAUAAAGUACCCCCUGAAAGCAAAGAAUUUCAGGUCCCCACUGAAGGCAGCUGUUAGCUGCGGAUUUCUUUGGAUAAUAAUAAUCAUUUAUGCAUACUUCAACCCACGAUUUACUAAGGAAAGUGAAGAAAUGUGCUUUCGGAAAACUUCUGCUGACCCUGCAGAAACUACACUGUUGUCAAGUAUUUUGGGUUUUUUUAUUCCACUAGUAAUACUGAGUUUUUGUUCUAUUCAAGUCAUCCGGUGUCUGAAGAUGAAGAAGAACAUGAGUCCACCUGAAGAAACAUCAAUCCACAAGGCUCUCUGGAUUGUUUCUAUGAACCUGAGUGUAUUUAUCAUAUGUUUUUUACCUUUUAACGUCGGGCUACUUGUUAGGUAUGCAAUGGACGCAGCUGGAGCUGCCUGCUCUUUACGCUACAAUGCAAGCCUUUUUAUUCGUGUGGCUGCAUGGGUAGCAAAUUCUAACUGCUGUUUGGAUACGCUUUGUUAUUACUUUGUAGCCAAGGAAUUUCAGGAAGCUUCUUCUCUGUUACACCCUUUUAAAUCUCUGAAGUCUAGAUCAAAUCAAAGCCAAAUCAUAACCACAAAUGCACUAAGUGAUCACAAAAAAAUGCAUGAUAGAGGGGCAGAUCCAUAGCUGGUAUAAAUUGUCAUAGCUCCACUGACUUGCCAUAAAGUCUGUUAUUAUCGUGGGUAAUAGUCACAAAAAAGUGUACCUGAUUCUGAUCUCACUUAUACUCAUCUUACAGCAUUCUGACUCGAGUGAUUUCAACAAAAUUACUCCUGAUUUAUACCAAUGUAACUGAGAUUCCAGUCAGGAUCAAAGUCUCUCUUUGAAGCUAUGCAUAUGCAUAUUUUAUUAUUGACAUGCUUUCCUUUGCAUAUACAGCAUUAACUGGCUAACUACAGGAAGCUUUCUCGCAUCAGUACAAGGGUCAGUUAGUUUCUUGUACUAGGGUUACCAUUCGUCCGGAUUUACCCGGACAUGUCCUCCUUUUGUGUGCUAAAAAUAGCGUCCGGGGGGAAUUUGUAAAGCACUCACAAUGUCCGGGAUUUCCCCCUCCCCUGGCAGAGCAGAGCGAGCGGCUGGGAGGGCUGCAGGAAAGUCCCGGGCUGGACUCCGGAGCAGCUUCCUCCUCCCACCCCCCCCCUGCAUUCUGAGCCGGCCGGCAGCUCCUCCUCCUGCAGCCCGCUCCGGCAGCCCUGUGCAGGGCCAGGGACCGGGUUUUGUG